AGGUCUGUUGCCGCGGGUGUGGUGGAGGAGGGGGCUGGGCCGGCUGGGAGCGGGAGGGGGUCGGCCCCUCCCGGGACAAGACCCUUGGGGCUCCGGCCCCUGUGGCAGUGGGGCGGCUGUUCCCGUAGAAGUGGGUUAACCAGUGGGAGGGGGGCUGUGCCCAGGGACACCAGACAUCCCGCCAUCAGGGGCAGAGGUGGAUGAAGAUGUAUUGGGGCUCUGGGCACCAAGAACAGUUGGGUCCCCCACACCCUGGGGUCCCAGAGCUGGCGGGAGGCCCAAGGGGGCCAUGCCCGUCCACUCUUUAACAUGGACAUAGUAGCCUCAGGCAUGCACGGGGCCGUGGUGGCAUGGGCAUAGUUGGGGGGCAAUGCCCCCCCCCCAGUUGCAAGCCUCGGGCCAGAGGCGACAGGAGGAGCGGUGCCACACGUGGUUGCUGCCUCAGGCACAAAGCCCAGACGGCAGCUGGUGGGGCAGCCUGCCAGCGGGAGCUGGGCACAGGCACUGAGCAAGCCCAGGUGUGCAGUAGCUGCAGAAGCCCUCCCUGCCUGUGACAUUCCUGGGGCUCCCCAGCUCCUCCUCCUAGGCCAGGCAGGGCUUCCUUUCCCCGCAGAGCAUGUCUACAGGCUCUGGGGAGGGAGUAGGAGGCAGGACGGGAGCCCUUGCCCCUGGGUCCCAUUGGCAAUAGCAUGCCCGCGGGUGGGGGAUGGGUACACCAGCUAGGGGCUGCACUCUGGCCCCCGCUCAGAACAGGUGGAGGGUCCACGGCUCCCCACAGCAGCCCAGGCUCCCUGGGUGGCUCUUACCACUGCCUGGCUCCAGCUUCUGGCCUGGCCAGGGGGUGAGGUCUUGGAGGGAAGAGGACGAGCAGGGCCACUGUUCCAGUGUGAUGGCCUCCCCUUUCUACCCAGGUUCUGAUGCUCCUGUGCGGGCCCUCAAAUUGACUGAGGCCCCUGGGCCUGUGUCCCAUGAGCCUGGGCGUUAAUCCACCACUGAUUAGGGGAUUUACCUUAUAUAUACAACAAUAUAUACAACAUUCCAGAUCACCCAACCCUGGUCGGGAUGGGGGAUGUCUCCUCCCAAUGGGUCAGUUUUUAGCCCUUCCACUGAGGUGCUGGCAGCCUGAGCCCGGAGGUGCCUUUGAGGCAGAAGACUGCAAGUGUGACGUGCUCCCACCUUUCAGGCCCGCAAGACCCUGGAAGGAGUCUCUGUCAGAUUUGGAUUUGCAACCUCUAACCUGGCUUUACAGAGGCUGUGAUUAUCUACAGUGCUCCAGUGGAAGAACAGUAACUUCGGCAAAUGGCUUUCUGCACAAAUAAGUACACCUAUGAUCCACUUCGAUUUGAUUUAACAAUAGCAUUAAAAUAUACAACCCUCCCCUGAGUUCUUUUAAAGCUAGAGCUCUUGGUCUUUCAGACCCAUCUGUGAUGGCUAUCCAGUUUGUGGCCCAGUGUAACAUUUCAAAUGGAGUUCAAGUGCCUUUCAGCUUCAGGUCUAGGGAAAUUAAAAAGGAAAAGCAUUAAAAGAACAAUCCCCAGACUUAGGAACAUUGAAAUACUAUUGCUUAAAGCUGAGGAAAAUAUUUGAUGUGUUGCUAUUUUACCAUGUCUGAAAAUGACGAAUUGGAAGAAGAUAUUUGGGAGUACAAAUCCAUUCGGAAACCAAAGUCAGUAUAUCAAAAUAAUAAUUCAGUGAAUAUCUCUACAUCUGUGCAGAAAGCAAAUGAUGGGAAGUGCAAAUCAAAAGGAAGUGGAGGUAGGAAUAAUAAAAAAGUAUUUGAAAACAAGGACAAGUCUAAGAAAAGUGAACAGGGACCAAGACAGAAAGGUAUUCAACCACUUAUAAAACCUGACCAGAACAUAAAUCUAUCUAAAGAGGACCAUAUUGUGCAGUCCCAGGAAAGUGUAACUACGCCAACAAAGCAAAGCAGGACUUGUAACAAAAAACAAACCACACCAAAUGCAAAGCCAGUUUAUGAUGGAUACUGCCCAAGCUGCCAGAUGCCUUUCUCUUUACUGUUAGCCCAGACACCUCGGUGGCAUGUUACUGAAUGUUUGGACACUCAAAGAUCCACUGAAAAAGAGUGUCCUGAUGGUCUAAUGUGCACUUCCACACUUCCAUCGCACUACAAGCGCUAUACCCAUUUCAUACUUGCUACAAGCAGAGCAGGGGAUUAUCUUGUCAGCUCUUCAACAUAUAGCCCAGAGAGAAAGUUCACAUGCUCUGAUGCUGCUAACUCAAGCUGUUUCCCAGGCCUUGUGGAUGGAACCUCGCAGUGUGAGAAAUUGACCAGGAAUGUAAGAAAUGCCCCAAAUGAGGAUCAUACAUUGGUGAUACAGAGUUCAACACAAGCAAAAUCUCCAAAUGUAACCAAUGUAGCUACUGUGUCUUCCACAAACAUUCUAAAGCCCCAACAGACUCUUCCACUUACACAGUCAGCAGAUGAUAAUGGCCAGCUUGAGUCUUCGGAGUUUCCAUUUUCUCAAGGAAGCAAAGCUAGUGGAGAUCUGGAUAGUCAGAAUGACUCAAAUCAGUUAAAGCUGCUACUUCCAGAAGCUGACUUCAGUGACUGUGAAAUUUCCUACUCCCCACUUAAUACUGAUGAGGAAAAUAAAGAGGAAACAGAGGAAGAGGAGGAGGAGAAGAAAGUAAAAAAUUCACAAAAGAGAUUAUUUCACACCCAGAACUCUGAAGAUGAGAGCACCGAAAAGGAGGAAUCUAGCUGUAUGUUGUUUACUAAAUUGGAUUGUUCUCCACUUCAGCAAGUACACAGGUAUGGCUGCCUUAAAAUAGGUGGUUUCAUAAUACAAAAUGAACCUUGUGAAGUAUUGAAUGGACUGAGUAGUUUAGAUGGUUUUGUUAAACCUGUUUCGCAGAAGCACAUGAACAGCAUGUUCUCUAAUUCAGGAAGUGCUGCUAAUCAGUUAAAACACCCACAAGGGGCACUACCUGCACAAUCCUCUCUUUCCCUUAAUUGUGAUAUAACUAAGAAGGAAUUUGAUUGGCCAAUAUUCAGUGCCUCUGUUUCUAAUACAGGUAAUUUGGAGCUAAAAGAUUUUAAUGCUUGCCAUUUGGAUUAUGCAAACUUGGCUGUGAGUGAUCCAUCAUUGCCCUUGAAAGUCAAAGAAGAAGGUGGUAGAUCUCUUCUGUCAAAGCAAAGUGAAGUUUUGAAGGAACCUAGUAACUUCCUAAUCAAUAGAAAUAAAAUGACUACUAACACAAGUGGAACUACAUUAUACCAGAAGAGUUCACAGCCAGUAAUAGAGGAAGAAGGAAGUCUUCCUAAUACAGUGGCCGUACCCCUUCCCAGUACGGUCUGUCAAACGCUGCCAUCCGUUUCUGUUGCAAAUAUGAACGCCAAAUCUAUUUCAGCCAAAGAACUGAAACAAAUGGACAUUGGUGUUUUCUUUGGGUUAAAACCCAAAGCAAAAGAAGAGACCAAAGGAAAAAAACAUUUUGGUGAGGGAACACAGUCCUCAAGUCCUGUAACUCCCAAUGGAAAGAGGCCCAGACAACAAAAGAGGAAAGCUGAAGGAUCUCUGGGGGACAUAGAUGCGGUCACAGAAAGUUCAAAUAAAAAUGGAAUCUGUGUAGAUACAACAUCUGGUGGGAAGCGAAGUUGGAGAAAAAAAUUUAGAGAAUCAUCUUCUACAGAAGAAGGAACAAAAAACAAAAAGUGUCCCUUUUAUAAGAAGAUACCAGGAACUGGUUUUACAGUUGAUGCAUUUCAAUAUGGAGAAAUCGAAGGCUGCGUAGCCUAUUUCCUCACUCAUUUCCAUUCUGAUCAUUAUACUGGCCUAACAAAAAAAUUUACAUUUCCAAUCUAUUGUAAUAAGAUAACUGGCAACUUGGUGAAGAGUAAACUUCGAGUGCAAGAACAGUAUGUCCAUACAUUGCCAAUGGAAACAGAGUGUAUAGUGAAUGGAAUCAAAGUGGUCUUGCUUGAUGCCAAUCAUUGUCCAGGUGCCACAAUGAUCCUUUUUUGCCUUCCCAAUGGAACUGUCAUGCUACACACUGGGGACUUCAGGGCAGAUCCUUCUAUGGAGCGUUGUCCUCUUCUGAUCAGUCGAAAGAUUCACACCCUGUACUUGGAUACUACAUACUGCAGUCCUGAAUAUACUUUUCCUUCUCAACAAGAGGUUAUCCAGUUUGCUAUCAACACUGCCUUUGAGACAGUAACUCUAAACCCACGUACAUUGGUCAUCUGUGGAACUUACUCCAUUGGAAAAGAAAAGGUCUUUCUAGCAAUUGCUCAAGUUCUGGGCUCUAAAGUGAGCAUGUCCCAAGAUAAAUACAAAACGCUGCAGUGCUUGGAAUCAGCAGCUGUUAAUUCCCUCAUCACCAUGGACUGGAACAAUACUUUGCUUCACCUUCUUCCCAUGAUGCAAAUUAAUUUUAAGGGCUUGCAAAACCACUUAAGCAAAUUCUCAGAGAAGUUUGACCAAGUUCUGGCUUUCAGGCCCACUGGAUGGACGUACUCCGAUUCAUGUUACGCUCUGGCAGAUAUCAAACCUCAGACCAGGGGAAAGAUCACCAUAUAUGGGAUUCCUUACAGUGAACACAGCAGUUACCUAGAAAUGAAACGAUUUGUCCAGUGGCUGAAGCCACAGAAAAUCAUUCCCACUGUAAAUGUUGGUGACUGGAGAGCCAGAAACAUGAUGGAAAAGCAUUUUAGAGACUGGAAGAUGGAGCCUACUGAGCAGAGGGAAGAAUGUACGUUCCAAAGCAUGUGUGCCAGGGGAGCGAUUGAACUACCCAGGAAUUUUAUCUAGCCUUCCUUUUUCUAUGAAGCCUCGUUUGAGAAGAAACAAGCUGCCAUUCUCCUGCAAGAGAGAGUACGGUCAGAUUUUCCCACAAGUAGGCCUAACUUUCCUGUGUAACCAUUAACCUAUUUUCUCCUAGCUUACACUUUCAAAAAAACUGCAAAUGUGUCUUUCAGGUUAUUUUGGAAAAUUAUUCAGUGUAUUUGCUUUCCACAAAACUAUCCAGUAAAACACUUAAGCACUUUCAUAAGUUUAAGCCCCUGAAUAGUCCCAUUGAGUUCACUGGGACUGCUCAGAUGUUUAAAGUUAGGCACAUGCUGAAGUGCUGGAUUCCAGCCUAAGUUUCGCUCCUCUUUGCCAACUUUUGCUUGCAUGAUAUGGCUUUAGGAUGUUGCAGAGUUCAACAAAAGAAACUGAACCAUGAUUAUUACCAGUGUGUCAGAAUUAUACAUUCUUUCUGAUAUCAGUCUAAUGUCCACAUGUAUGACAUUGGCCUUUAAAAUGCGGGACAGACCAACCCAUAUUACUAAAGGUACAAGAGGACAUUUGAAUUAACAUGGUAUUAAAUCAUUUAAAAGGAAGUGGAGUUUUCAGUCAUUUCAGUACCAGAUCAAGCAUUUCUGAGAAAUGACUGUAAUGAAUGAGGGGAUGACAUCCGUUUAUGUGGCACAAUGUAAAUUCGGAGAGCAGGUUGUUCCAUUGUGAGGCAGAGCUAAGGGUUAUAACGCUAAUUGCAAUAUCUGCAAACUUUACACCAUAACAGAGGACCAAUUUGGGCUGCUACAGUAUUAUGCAAUUAGGCACUUUGUAGAAUAAUGAAUGUUUAUAAAGAUAUUCCCACCCUUGUGUAUUUUUAACGUUCAGUAUAUGAACAUUUUUAUAAAUCUAUUUUAAAUAAAGAAUCUAAAUUAA